AUGGCGGGCGAAGGCGGUACGGGUAAUUUCUUAGCGCACGAUUUCGACCUCAAUGAGGAGUAUCAUGAUCUUCCAGACUGCCAACUGCCCAAUGCCCCGAUUGAUCUAACCGAGGACCGCGAUGCGGACGGGGAAUUCGAGGCAGCUGUUGGGGGCGAUGUGUUCCUGGAUGCUCAGGAGGAAUUUCCGGCCUCGAACCCUGAAGUCGGGGUCGAGGGAAAUGUGGCUGAGGGCGGAUUUCCGAGGGGCGGAAUUCCGAGGGGGGUGUUCAUUAAUCUCGCGGACGAUGACGAGGACCCCCACCGAGCGUUGUUUGAGGAGAAUUGGGAGGAAAAUGCUAGCCGAAGCCCAACCUCUGAAGAUAAUGCCACCUGUCGAAUUCUUUUUGUGGAACUGGCCUGUGGCAAUGUGAACGGCCCAGAAUCAGAGGCAUCGCCCCAUGGAAGUGCACAUGGUGUCGGAUCGUCGGCUGCGCCCGCGGGAAAUGCUGAGGGACAAGAACCACAGGUUGCGCCACAGGGAAAUGCGGAGGGGCAAGCAUCGCAGGCCGCGCCUCAGAGAAAUGCAGAUGGGCCAGCAUCAGCUACGCACGAGUCAGUUCGAAAACAGGCCGACGUGGCCAGCAGGAUUCGCCGCGCAAAGGUCCCCUACGAUUAUCUCGCGGCGAAAACCAGAAAAGACUACAUCCUGUAUUGGCUGCACUACAAGUGGUGGGUCAUCAUGUUCAUGUCAACGCUGCCCAAGACUGAGGUUCCGGCGGCGGAGCGUCUGGACCCGCUGAAUCCUGACGAGGUUGGAAGCCAUCUGGGGAACGACAAAAAGGCGGAGUGGUCAACUGUGGAUUUGGAUGAAGUUUAUCUCCACGGGCCCCGUGUUACUGGAUGGAGGAUUCAGAGGUUCCUGCGGUACAUGGCAGAGGAAACCCCCGCGCAGGCCGAGAUGAUGCGGAGAGGCGAAGAAGUGGUGGCUGGAAAGGAGCCCAUCCCUAGUACGCCGAGCAUGAUGAAGGCAAAGAUGAGCGCUUUGGGCUUCCUGGGUAGACUUGAAGCUCGACUCUACGACUACCCGAAGGCCCAAGCAGAUGAGUUUAUCGGCGAAUCGCGGGAGUACAUGAAGCUCAAGCUGAAACAGCUGCACGACAAGCAGGUUGCGGAGGGCAAGGAUCAGCACCGAAACUCUCUGGACGAUUGCUACACGUCGGAGCAGUACGCGGACCUGCACGAGAAGCACUUUCUGAGGGAGAUCAAAGAGUGCUACCAGAGAGCCAGGGUUGCACUAUCAGAAAGUCUCUGGCGGUGUUUUGCGGUGCAGGUGAUGAUUCAACUCGCACACCAAAUGUUGGGGAGGGGAUGCAGCAUUCAUGCUCUACGAUUCGCGAACAUGUUUGUCCGCCACACGCGUAGCAGCACGGCCGUCCCCGACCGCCAGAAGGAUCUCCCUGUGGUGGUUUUCGCCUCUCGAAAGUCCAAGACGAAUGCGACCAACAGGCUGACCCACCAAUUCUUGGCCCGGCACAUCAACUUCGCGCUCUGCGGUGUUGGUGGUCUUUUUCUGUGGAUUCAUUUCGUCUACGACCUCGUGCCACUGCGAUUCGGAGCGGACAUCAUUCCGCCACUGGACUUCAGCGACCCCCUUCAGUGGUCUAAGAAGCACAUUUUCUUCCCAUUGAGGCACGGAAGGGAACAACUGCAGGAAGAGCUUCCGUACGUGACUCACAACAACUGGAUUAAUUGGGUCAUGAACGACGUAGCGCGACCGCCCUGGCGGAUUAGCAAAAAGACCCAUGCGUUUCGCCGAUCGGGAGCCCAAGGCCUGAGUGACGAUCGCUGUCCCGACCCCGACAUCAACGCUCUCGGCGGCUGGGAGCAGGGCGAGAUGCGAAAAUCCUAUGUCGUGGGCGUUCCGUUUUGGCCGGUCUUGAUGAUGGCCGGAUUCAGUGGGGAGCCGGGAGAUUACUACAUCGGCAGAGCGCACGCUAAACUCGACAAUGACACCGAGUGGAAACAGUUGCAAGACCUCUUCAAGCUGUUCAUCUUCCCGCGCCUCGAAUCUGAUUUGGCAAAGGUCGAUAAGUACAACCGUGAGUAUCCGGAUAAGCCGCACCACUCUGGCAGAAGUUUUUUGGAGGCUCUUGCAAACCCUGGGCGAGACAUCGUGGCACAGGACCUUGCCAUGUGGUGGUUCUACUGCCCCGAUCACGACCAUCUUUUCGACGGUACAAGACGGCCAUGCCAGUGCCCGCGCCACCCGUACACGGACAUGAAUCCGCUCUGCCGCCACCAUCUCUUCCAGAAAUGGGCCAUCAAAGUGGCAAUCAUGCACAAGGCUGGCAUUGAACUUCGUGAAGCCAGAGGCACCUCUGCAGCCGCUGAUGCGAUCUACAAGCUGAACUCAUCCCGAAAGUACCAGAAGCUCCUCGUAGAGAACAACCUGUGGCGGACGGAAUGUGGUCAGAAGGAUCACGAGAUUGGCGUGCUGAAGAACAGGCUCGCUGAAACCGAAGAGAGGGAGAAGAAGACGGCCGCUGAAAACAAGCAGCUCAAAGAGGAGCUGGCUGCUCUAAAGGCGCGUGCAGAGAGCAGCGCGAACGCACAGGCCGCUGAUCGAGGGUCGGGCUCGUCGGCAAAGGAGGAAGCUGGUGGGGAGGCUCCGAAGCCUGGGAAGGCACAAGCCAGCACUCCAGUGCGGGCAUUUUUCGACCUUGUCGUUAAACCCUGGCGGGACUCGGAGUCGGUCGCACAGGCAUGGGAGCACUGGGUGAAGGUGACCUUUUUGAUGGAAGGGAAGACUCUCCACCAGCUGUCGUCAGAAAAAAGUUUCUACCCCACUUUCUCGUACAUUGAGAAGGGUGUGAAGGACGAUACUGGCGACAAAAAAAUGAAGCGGAUGAGGAACGUGAUGCUCGCGGUCGAGAAAUACAGGGCUAACGAAACGGAGGAGGCCACCCGAGAUGCCAUUGCGAAGAUCGAGAAGAACGUGGUGGGUCGGAGUUCGAUUAGCGCACUGGAGGAUGGGGUGAUUCUCGGAAACGAGCCACCUCCGAAGAGGGAUAAUCCCGGCAAGGAUAAGACGACGGAGAACAAGCGCCGCAAGGUCGGGUACCUCCUCUUCGCCGCCCAGAUGGUGGGUGACGGGUGGGGAGAGAAGAUGUUUGGGAAAGAUGUUUGGAAGAAGAUCAAGAUGGAGGAGCCGAAGAAGCUGGCUAAACUGAACAAGUAG